CUGAACUGGCGUGGCGCGCAGUGCCGGAUGCGUUCAUGUACUCACCCUCUACGGGCAUCUGGUCGGAGCUACCCAACUUACCAGUGGGAGAAGAGAGGGGCAGUGCAGCUGUUGGAGUGUGGGGGACAAAGAUCAUUCUCGCUGGCGGCAUGCGCGCUCUUGAGCUUUCUGGGAACAGAACUCAGAGUAGCGUUUCUGUUGUCAGUAUAUUUGACACCAAGAAAAGGACAUGGCUGGACCUUCCAGUUACGGCUAAGUAUAUCCCAGAAGGAAGGGAUCAUGCUGGUGCCGCUGUGGUUGACGGAAAGAUGUAUGUCCUUGGCGGUCGUGAUAGGGGCCAGCAGAACGUCAAGAAUACUGUUUUCAUCUUGGAUCUGACUGAUCUCGAGACUGGCUGGAUUACAGCGGAUUCCAGGAUGCCAACACCUAGGGGUGGUGUUGCAGCCGGCGUGGUGGGCAGCAAGGUUUUCGUGAUGGGCGGCGAGGGCAAUACAAAUGCAGAGACUGGCGUGUUCAAUCAGGUGGAAGUGUAUGAUACGAAAAGGGGCUGUUGGGAAAGGGCGGGAAUUAUGCCUAUUGCGCGGCAUGGGACCUAUGCUGUCGGCGUGGGAAAGAGGGUGUAUGUGCCGGGCGGCGGAUUGAGACAGAGCGGAGCACCUGUUGCAGACUUUGAUGUGUUUGAACCCUAAGGUUAUUGGUGGUUGUCAGUUUUUGCCGAUCCUCUUUCCCCUCCCUUUUUUGGCUGGUUGAGGUUCAUAAUAAAUUGAUGCUUAGCUAGG